CACUGGUGAUAAGUAAGUGUAAACUGUCUGAGAUUACGAAAUUCCAAGUACGCUUUUUUUUCGCUGUGGGGGUGGAUGGUUACGCGAAUGUUGUUUUGUGUCUGAAAUCUGGUGUGGGUAAAAAAAAGGGGGGGGGGGGUCCCCGAUGCAUACAAGUGGGUGUGGACUGACUUAGAAGGAGGAAACAAAAAGUCCACAUUUAUAGUCGAUUCCUUUUUCUGUCUGGGCUACGUCAGUUGCGCUCUUGUCCAUCCGGAGAACAAAAACACACACGAGCAACACACACACACACACACACACAUUUCCAGGGGACGCGUGGAGAGGAAAGAGAGAGAGAGAGAGAGGGAGGGAGGGAGAAACAGAGCAACGGGGACGUUGGCUUUCUCUUUGUACUGGAUAAAGAAGAGUUGACUGCCUUCCUUUUUUAUGUAAGCUGAGUGUUGUGUGCUGUAAAUAGGCCAAUAAGCCGGUUACUCCUUUGUACGUGGGAGCGAUUCUUCUACAGCUCGGACAACAAAGGCAGCUCUUCAUUUCAGCAGGAUAUUACACUACAUCUCGCUUAGAAGGACGAUAAUCGAGCGUCGAUCGCCUCGUGUUUGUCCACCCCCCCCUAACCCCCCCUCUUUUUGCACCUCCGGCCCGGGGGGUUGCAUCGGAUCUCUCUCGUCAACCCCUCCGCCGAACCGAGCGAGCAUGGCGGCCGUCACGAGCCCGGAGACGAGCCCUCAGCCCCGGGUGUAUUUCCAAACGCCGGCCGGCACCACGGAGGAGCCCGAGACCCCCGUUCGUAAGCAGGGACGCGUCACCGUCAAAUACGACCGCAAGGAACUGAGGAAAAGACUCAACUUGGAGGAGUGGAUCAUCGACCAGCUAACGGACCUCUACGACUGCGAGGAGGAGGCCAUCCCAGAACUUGAGAUCGAUGUGGAUGAACUGCUGGAUAUGCCCAGUGAUGUGGAGCGGGCCGCCAGGGUCAAGGACUUACUGGUGGACUGCUUUAAACCCACUGAGGAUUUCAUCUCAGAGCUCCUGGACAAGAUCCGAGGGAUGCAGAAGCUUUCCACACCUCAGAAAAAAUGAUGGCAUCUCCCUCCCUUCCAUCGUCCUUCGUUCAUCAGCCACCUCUCGUCUUCCUCGCACCCACCCUUCUCACCCGUUUUGUCACUCAAGUCAUCAAGUGCUGGAGUUUAAGGGAAGACUAGUCAUAUUUUACUCGGCAGGUCAGGGGUUUAGUCAUAAAGUUCAUCGUCUGCUUUGUUUUUGGAGGUCGUUUUUCUACGCAAGUCCUUGCAGAGUUUAGGGGUGAUCUUUAGUGUACACCACCAAUGCCUCCUUUUUACCGCAUUUACUGCAUUGAAAGACUGAUGAAGAAAAAAAUCUGCACUCUGACCAUCAACAAUUAUAAACGGUGUAUUUUUAGACCAGCGUCCAUCGAAAAAGAAAAGAAAAAGAUCGUACUGUAGAUGUGGCUAAAGUAGGUUUUCUUAAAUUCCAGUGUGUGUUUUUCUGCCCUCUAAUGUGCAGUGGGGUCGCGCAUAUUCUGGUUGCUAAAUGUUACAAUCAUCAUAGCACGUUUUCUUCAUUUGACAGGUUUUUUUUUCUGCUGUUCUUUAUGAGAAAGUUAAUUUUUAGUAGGGCGGCCCGGUAGUCCAGUGGUUAGCACGUGGGAUUCACAGUGCAGAGGUACCGGGUUCGAUUCCAGCUCUGGCCUCCCUGUGUGGAGUUUGCAUGUUCUCCCCGGGCCUGUGUGGGUUUUCUCCGGGUGCUCCGGUUUCCUCCCACAUUCCAAAAACAUGCGUGGCAGGCUGAUUGGGCGCUCUAAAUUGUCCCUAGGUGUGAGUGUGAGUGCGGAUGGUUGUUCGUCUCUGUGUGCCCUGCGAUUGGCUGGCAACCGGUUCAGGGUGUCCCCCGCCUACUGCCCGAAGACAGCUGGGAUAGGCUCCAGCAACCCCCGCGACCCUAGUGAGGAUCAAGCGGCUCAGAAGAUGAAUGAAUGAAUAAUUUUUAGUAAAGGACUGGUUCCUCUUUUAGUUGAUUUUUUUUUGGGGGGGGGCGGGUCACUCUGUCUUGCAGUCCCUCAACUAAGCUGCCUUGUUGUUUUUCUAAUUAUAAUACUCUCCUAUGUCACUCUUUAUUCCUUUUUCUUGCUGCUGCUCUUGCUCCCUUUCUGGCCAUUUUCAGCCCACUUCAUUCUUUUGUGCUCAGCUCGUUGCGGUCACGCAAAGGUGGGAAGUGUCACCAGAACUGUGUCAGGAUUUCAUGAUGUCAUCAAAGUCACCAAUCGCGUGACGGGUGUUAGCAAAGGUUCAAUUUUGAACACUUUGAAUACAACCCUUCACCCAUCCCAGUCAAAAUUGAGGACUGGAAAAGCAUGAAUCUGCACAGCUGUCUCUCAGCUGCGUUUCUAGCUGCAGCUGCCAGUUACAUCAGAGAAUGAGCCAUUUGUCUCGAAUCUCAUGCCCGUCCGGUCCAGAGAGUGAUCGGUGGUCAAUAGGAGAAGCACAAACGUUUUGCUGUGAUUCCUGUGACCAAUCGCCAGCACCUGUGGCGGCGGCAGCAGGACAACGCCAUCAUGUGUGCGCGCCGUCUCAUUCGUGUCCUCGCUCUCCUCCAUUUUCAUCCGCUUUUGCUUCUUUUCUUUAAGAAACAGAUGUUGCCUUAGGUAUUAUUUAUGUUACACAAACCAAAUAAAUGGAGGACUUUUUUUAAGGUGUAAAGUGUGUUACUGAGCUUUUUUUUAAAAAACGAUAUUCAUAUGUUUUGGCUUUUUUUAUUGUUAUUUUUAGAAGUGAGUGUUUAAUACUUAGGCCUUGAUACAGUGAUAUAGUUCUUGACAUUUACCAUUUGAAUACUGGUCUGUUUUUAAUGCGAUCAUGAAACGUCUUUCAUGCUAGGCCAUGGAUUUACACAAACAAAAAUCCAAUCAGAUGCUAAUUCCUUUGGCUGUCCUUGUGUCAUACCCAAACCGGCACUGUAUGCAGGAAACUUUAAGAUUGUACUACAAGAAGAGGCAAGGUCAACCAGAGUCACAUACCUUUUUAGACUGUUCUGAAUUUUUUUUUUUUACUGUUGGAGAAAAUUGCAAAAAAAAAAAAAUCAAUUUACUGAUUAUUGGCAUUGAGCCUAAAUACAAGAGCUAAACAGUGCAGAAAGAAGCAUGUGCUUUUUUUUGGACGAUUGAAUCAAGCCAACAAACAAAUGUAGCAAUAUCAACAACAGGAAUUGUUUUUGUCCACUUUUGUUACACUUUUAUGCAACUUUAAUAAAAACAUGUAAAAGUGAAA